CAACCAUAGUGCUAGUUCUGUUAAACACAAAGGUGAUGAAGCAACUAGAUAAAGGGUGUAUCUCUCCCUGCAUAAACUAAAUGGUAAUGUCAUUGCCGCCACCGAUUACACUCACACCCACCAACUGAUACCUGUAACCUCAUCACCUUCCUCUCCUUCCCAAUUCCCAAACCAACCGAACCCUCUUCAUAUUUUUUUAUUAAAAAAAUCAAAAACAAAAAAUACCGUCCACUGAGAUUGAGGCACGUCAUAUCCUGUCAUCUCACCCUUGUUCUCGCUCCCCUUUCAAAUUCCUGCUUUGGAAUUAGGGUUUCCAUUUCUUUUUUUCUUUUUUUGCUCGGUUCGGUUGGUCCCAAUUUUGUUGCUCCGAGGGAAAGGGAAAGGGGAUGAGGAUGAUGAUGAUGAUGAAGGUUUGGGGAUCGGAGAUCGUGUUGGCCAUGUUGCUCUGUGGGACCCUUUCCUGCACCGCCCAACCGAAUAGGGGUUCUCUCUCCACCGCCGUGUGUCCCACGGAGUCCGUUCUCGAUUUCAUAUUAGGGUUUCCAGAUUGGACCUGUUCCCUUCCUGAUUCUCUUGGAUCCAUACGUCAUAUUGGGGUCACCGAGGGAGAUGAGGUUUGUUUGCAGAAGGCACUGAAUAUGGUUCACAAGAAUGAUCAUGAGUAUGUAGCUGUACUCUUCUAUGCUUCGUGGUGCCCUUUCUCUCGGAUAUUCAGACCAGUUUUCUCAAUCCUCUCUCACCUACAUCCUUCCAUUCCUCAUUUUGCUAUUGAAGAGUCAUCCGUUAGGCCAAGCACACUAUCCAAAUACGGUGUCCAUGGUUUCCCUACACUGUUCAUUUUGAAUUCUACCAUGCGCGUUCGUUAUCAUGGAUCUCGGACCCUUGGCUCUCUCAUAGGCUUCUACAGUGAUGUUACUGGGAUUAGGAUUGAUUCACUUGAUCAACUAUCCCUUGAGAAAAUUGGGCGUCCAUCAGCUAAUGAGAAUCAUGGUAACACUGAGCCAGAAAGUUGUCCAUUUUCAUGGGCUAGAUCUCCAGAAAAUUUACUGCGUCAGGAGACUUAUUUGGCUCUGGCCACUACAUUUGUGGUUUUGAGACUACUCUACUUAUUUUUUCCUACACUGCUUAUAUGUAUUCAAUGUGCUUGGAGAAGGGUCAUCCAAAAUUUUAGAUUAGGGAGCUUGUUGGAGCAUCCUUUGGUUUAUUUGAAGCGAAUAAUACAAUCAUUUAACUGUCUCAAAGUGCCAUGCAAGAGAAGUAAUCUGCAGGAAGGAGCAAUGAAUGCUAAAGCAUGGGCUUCCAAGUCCCUUGCCACAGUUUCAAUUGGGGAGGAAAGCACCAGCCGUGGGAUGCACCAGUAAGUUGACUGUACCAAUCAGUUUUCCCUCGUGAAAUUGGAGAUUUGGAUAUACCCUAUGAAAGGCUUGGCUGCAAGUUACGCCAUGUACUUUUGUGUCAGGAUUAUCUUCACACCCUUGAGCCUCAUGCUUAGUGAGGUCAGUUAUUGUACUGAAUGAUGUAAUCGUCCCUUAUUUGCCCAUAUGAUCAAGAAAUACUUCAUUCAGCAUUCCAUGUGUAUAGUUUAAAUGUAGCAAACUCGAGCUGAAAUCUGUAAUUCUUUGACUUGUAGGUUUACUUGAAGGUUAAAUCUUUGAUCAUCCGUUCAUAAAAUUUAUUUUUGUUGGGAAUGAAAUGAUUGUAAAUCGUGCUUAGCACUGAUUGGAUGCCAUGUUCAUGUACUUGAUGCGUGGUUAUUUGUAAAAGUUCAAAAAUAAUAA